AAUUUUCUGCAGAGCAUGCUUCUAAAAUCAAAGAGCUUAAAAGCCAAUUCACACACAAAACCAAUUUUGGGACUAAUCUCAUUUUUUUGCUUAAUACAAUUAUAGUUUAGAUUAAGCACUGCAUAUAAAAACAAAAACUCUAACAGAAUUGGAAUUUUUUUUGCUGCUAAUGACAACUUUCAGAAACUUCUACACAAUCAUUUUUUCAGCUAACAGAAAAAAAAGCUAACGGCAAAAAACCACUCUCUGCAAAUCAUUCGCACAAUCACUCUCAAAAGGACAAUUCUCAUAAUCACUCUCUCACGAUCACAAUCACAACUCCACAAUCACAAUUGCAUCUAACAAAAAAAAAAGAAAAACUCCAAGCUCUCUCUCAUUUUCGACUCGAAGUUUCACAAACUUUUUUCUGAUUUUUCUUCAAGAUCCUUCGAUCUUUUGUGCAAUUUGGCUGUAGAUUCACGUUUUGCAGGUAAUGCUGAAGUGCUGCUGAGCAAGAUUGAGAUGAAAUUGCAACAAAUUCGUGACUGUUGUGGAGCUGUCCUUCCAUGGUAAUCAAGAAAAUCCGUUCGAUUCUCGCAUCCUCGAGCUGAACGAACAUCAUCAUCCACCUUCCGCGGCUACACACUCCGUCUGUCUCGCUUUUGUUUUUGAGCUCUGCAGAUCGCCAUUUCCGCAACCGUCGUCAAGAGAGGUACCCUUUAGUCGCUCAGUUCUCUUAAGAACUUGCAUUGCUUUGCUUAUAAGCAAUUGGCAUUGAGACAUGGAAAGACCAAAGAGGCAUACGAAGAAGUACAGUUUCCGACAGCCCGAUGUAAAAGAGUUAAGGAACCUGACAUCUUAUGUACUAGAUCCCUUGGGUUUCAAGGCUCGAUAUGGGAAGCUUCUGCCGCUGUUGACUACUCAGGUGGAUGAGGGAUUGAUGAGCACUCUUGCUCAGUUCUAUGAUCCGCUGUAUCGUUGCUUCUUAUUUCCGGACUUCCAGCUGUUGCCAACUUUGGAAGAAUACUCCCACCUUAUUGGGAUCCCGAUUCUGGAUCAGGUGCCGUUCAGUGGCCUAGAGAGCAUUCCAUCUGCUAAGGAGAUUGCUAGCCUGUUGCAUAUAGAUGAAGCCUUGAUCAAAGCUAAUCUGAUUACCAAAGGUGGGAUUAAGGGUUUCUCUUCCGAGUUCCUUGUCGCUCAAGCUACCUUCUAUGGAGAAGCCAGGAGUGAAGAUGCCUUCGAGGCUUUGUUUGUAUUACUCAUCUAUGGAUUAGUGCUAUUUCCCAACUUUGACAAGUUCGUGGACAUGAAUGCUGUCAGGAUCUUCUCAGUUCUUAAUCCAGUCCCGACUUUGUUGGGCGAUGCCUAUUUCUCUCUGCACCUGAGGAAUAUGAAGGGUAGUGGAGUCAUUGUAUGUUGUCUACCUUUGCUGUACAAGUGGUUUAUUUCGCACUUGCCGCAGACCAUUGCUUUUAAGGAGAACAAGAGUUGUCUACGGUGGUCUCAGAGACUCAUGUCUCUCACUAAUGAUGAUAUCUCUUGGUACGAUCGUGUAUAUGAUACUGUGCAGAUUAUUGAUUCUUGUGGUGAAUUCCCGAAUGUGCCUCUUCUCGGUACAUGUGGUGGGAUCAGCUACAACCCUACACUUGCACGUCGUCAGCUUGGGUUCCCCCUAAAGGAUAAACCUCAUAACAUUCUGUUAGAAGGUGUAUUCUUUCAGGAGGGUAAAGAUCCCCAAGGCUUGAAAGCCAGAUUCGUCCGCGCUUGGCGCAAUAUCCGAAAGAAGAGUAAGAAUGAAUUGGGUCCGAAGAAUUGCAUUGCUUUGGAGCCUUAUACUUCCUGGGUCAGACAGCGAGCUGCCGAAUACCUGAUGCCUUAUGACCAUCCGAAGCCUACACCUUUGGACGUGGCUGGGCCUUCAACCCUCCCUAUCCAACGUGUAGAGGAGUCGAGAGAAGAAGACCUUUCACGUGCUUGGAUCCGUGAAAGAGAAGAAUUGCUGCAACAGAUUAAGGAGAAGGAUGCUCUGAUAGAGUUUCUUGAGCAUCAGGUGAUCGACGACCCGAACGACACCUGGACUUCUUUGCUUCCUCAGUCUUCUAAGUUUUGGAAGAGGAAGUAUGAUCAGCUUGCUAAGGCAAAAGCAGAUAUGGAAGCGGCUUAUGAGAGAGAGAUCAAGAAGUUGUGCACUUCUCGUCUUCCAGCGUCCCGAGCUAAUAGGGAUCCAUAGGAUGUUAUUUUCCUUUUCUCCUUGUAAUUGAAUCGAAUUGUUGUACUUCUUUGUCCAAUAUAUUGAAUGAGAUAUUUUCCA